UCAAACAAGAACUGAAGUCAUCUCCCCCUAAUCAAGCAACAUCACAAAUCUCUUCUUGCACUGUCCGUCCAAGAAGGCGUAUUCCGAGAUGCCGCCUUCAGAGGCAGGUAGCAGAUUUCAAUUGUGGCGGCUUUCAGAGCAGCAAAAGCUGAUUUUCCGAAGAGGCCGGUUUCUUCACCUUCGGCUUCCCUGAAUUCUCUGUGUUCCAUCACAAUUUGCUCAUGCGAUGCUUCUUCCUCGCCGAGUACAUCUGCGAAGAAUGGCGUGUUCGUCCAUGCCAUUUCGUGUGAGGAGUCAAGGACAAUGGCGGAAUGGCCAAGCUGUGAGAUAUAUACGCGCUGCCAUGUCCAUGUCCAUGUCCAAGCUGGGCGCCGCCAUUGCUGCACUUGCAGAGUUGCACUGCCUUAGCUACUCGCCAUGGAUGUGACCUUCGUGUGCGCGGGGGAGGAGAGCUUCAAGAUGGAGGUGGGCUUCUUCGACACCGUCCAUGACAUCAAGCAGAAGCUCCAGAGCCGCAGGGGGUGGCCCGCCGCCGCGGUGUCGCUGUUCCACAACGGCGACGCGCUGGCGGACGCUGGCGGCGGCGAGGCCGCCGGCGGCGGUGCAGAGCGGUACGGCAUCGUGGAGGGCUCCGUCAUCCACGUCGAGCUCGGCGUCGGCGUCGCCGGCAGGCAGCAGCAGCUGCAGCAGAACGAACACAAGGGCAGGAGCAAGAGGCGGGACGACGGCGGCGGCGCGGCGGCGGUGCGCGUGAACGUGGUGUCGCGGUGCGGGCGGGGGCGGGCGGAGGUCGCGGUGGGCGCGCGGCGCGCGGUGGCGGCGCUGCGGCGGGAGCUGGAGGAGCGGGCGUUCCCGCUGCCGCGCGACGGCGCCUACUUCUUCAUCCACCGGCAGAGCGUGAUGGACGAGUCCCGGUCGUUCGAGUGGCACGGCGUGGCCGCCGGCGACGAGGUCGUCGUCUUCGAAGGCUCGGUGACCAGACCCCCGACCUACUAGCUCGUUCUCUGCUCUCCAUGGACACAAGACAACGCAUGCAGCAAUCUUCAGGCUUCAGAAUGUUCCACCAAAAAAAAUACUCCAUCCAUUCCAAAAUAAGUAGCUGUGGGAAUCCAUAUCCAACGUUUAAAAAAAGUUUAAAAGUUUUUUGAAAAAUCUUAAAAAAAGUUAGUCACAUAUAAAUUAUUAUUCAUGUUUUAUCAUAUAAUAACAAUAAAAUACUAAUCAUUAAAAUUUUUUAAAUAAAACGAACGGUCAAAGUUGGACAUGAACCAUACAAAACUGUAUUUAUUUUAGGACGGAUAGAUGGAGUAAUGAUUUUUUUGAAAAUUCAUGGAAUCGGAUCAGAGUCACAGCUGGUCUUACAAACCCAUGCAAAAUUGCUUCAAAAAAAUAAUUCACAGACGGAUGGAGUAGAGAUUUUUUCGAAAAUUCAGAGAU